CACCAGGAGCUACAGGGAGAAUGGAGAUGCUGGAUGUCCCCAAAGAGGACAACGGUUCUGCUGGAGAACCUGGACCAAAGGGAGACUCAGGGCCACGUGGACCUCCGGGACCUGCAGGUGUGCGCAGGCUGUCUGGAAGAGAGGGUCUCUCAAGAAUACAGAGGGAUGUAGGACCCCAAGACAUCGCUGCUCUGAGGCAGCAGGUGGAGGCCUUGCAGGAGAUGGUAGGACACCUGCUGGGAGCCUUCCUUCAGUAUAAGAAAAUGGAGCUCUUCCCCAACGGCCGAGGUGUUGGCCAGAAGGUGUUCAAGACAUCAGGCUUUGUAAAGCCUUUUCAGGUGGCACAGGAAGUGUGCGCACAGGCCGGGGGGCAGCUGCCCUCCCCACGCUCUGCAGCUGAGAACGAGGCCUUGCAACAGCUGGUCGAGGUUGAGAACAAGGGUGCUGCGUUCCUGAGCAUGACUGACGCCCAGACGGAGGGCAGCUUCACCUACCCAGGAGGGGAGCCCCUGGUCUAUUCCAACUGGGCCUCCGGGGAGCCCAACAACUAUGGCGGCAAUGAGCACUGUGUGGAGAUGUACACCACCGGCAAGUGGAAUGACAGGCCCUGUGGAGAGAAGCGCCUUGUGAUCUGCGAGUUCUGUGUCUUUGGGAUGGGUGAGGCAGCCGACGUCCAGGAUCCUGUCCCGAACCUGUGUGCUGCCAACAUGACAAGGAAGAGCUGACAUCACUGUGGCUGGGCUUCUGCAUAGACCCCUGGGAUGAGGCCAGCCAAGGGCUCCCAUGGAACUCCUUUCUCAUAAUAAAAUACGAAACUGGCUUCACGCACUGGCUGCUCUGGCAGAGGAAUU